AUGUCGUCUGAACGCGAACCUCUCCUUCCCACCCACAGCCGCCAGGCGCGUCAGAGCGUCGAGCAGUUCGGCAACCAGGCCGCUCGCGACGCAAAGGCCACCGCCCGUCACUAUGGUGUCGACCCCGACAACAUCGAGGAGCAGGCCCGUCAAAUCGCUCCCUCCCGCCAGACCCUCGCCCGCGUCGCUCAGAUGAUCGGUGCUAUCAAGGCCGGCAAGCUUCCUUCGCAGAAGCAGCUCAACAACUUUAUCGAGGCCAUCAUGUCCAGCCCCGUCCUUGACGAGCGCUCCGUCUCUGGCUCCACCAAGCUCAGCCAGCAAGGUGCCACCGUUUUGCAAGACAUCAAGGGCAUCCUCGCCUGCAUCGAGCGCAUCGGCGAAAGCAAGAACGGCGACGACAAGAUCCAAAAGUUCCUCUACCACACUUCGCAAGCCUCGAUCAACGUCACCGACGAAGGCGGCAUCUCGGCCCAACUUCCCAGCGCCUCCUCGGUCGGUGCUGACGGCCGAUUGCUCGAUCAAGCCAAGAAGGACGCCAAUAAGGCUCUUGGUGAGAUCAAGCACAUCGGCCAGCUCUUGCUCACAUCCAAGGCUUUCCGUGAUCUGUUGGCCGACAUCCAGUUCUUGCUGCGCGAUCUCACCGCCGAUGCAGCCGCUACUGCCGCCCAAAAGGCUGGCGGUGCCGAGAGUAAGCUGCGUCCUAGCGAGGAGGAGCGAAAGAAACGCGGCGACGCGGUCGAGGUUCGUGCUCCCGGCAAGAAGGACCUCGAAAACGCAAAGGACCAGGCCAAGAAGGGUGCCAAGCAGGCCCAGGACAACCUCAGGCAGUCGGCUGAUCAGGCUGCCAAGUGGGUCGACGAGCAGACCCCCGAUGACGUCAAGGAUGCCUUCCUCGAGCGGGUCAAGCAGAUCGUCGACAGCGUCGAACGCGAUCCCGAAUUCAAGAGCGCGCUCAACGGUCUCUACUCGAUCGCCAACAAGUGGACCGACAUCGUUCAGGAUGUUGCCGAGAAGGCCAAGGAGCAGACCGACGUCGACAUUGACAGCCCCGAGGCCGAGGCCAACGAGGACAUGCGCGAGGCGUUCCAGCAGCUCAAAGAGAUCCUCGAGACGUUUGCCGGUCGAUCGCUCGACCCCGUCCAAGAGUCGGUCAGCAACCUGCUCGACCACGCCAAGCAGAUCUACGACGAGGAGGCGUCCAAGGAGAGCCGGGAACUGCGCGACUUUGUCGAGGACGUCAAGGCCUUCAUCGACCGUGCGCUCAACGAAGACGGCUUCAUCCAGACCAACCGAUCCAACCGCAUGGCUUCGGACCUGUACGACCGAGCUCAACGCCUCUUCAACGCCACCGGCAAGGAGGCCAACAAGCAGCUCUCGAAGCUCCGCUCCGACUUCAACCAGACCAUGGACGAGAUGUCUGAAUUCGUCCACGGUCUCGAGGAGGAUGCCGAGCUGCGCGAACUCGGCCAGCGGUUCGAGAAGCUCGCUUCCGACGUCAACUUUAUCGACUUUGAACGCAUCUUUGCCAACGGUCCUGGCCAAGGCGUGCUCAACCUGUUCAACGAUCUGCGCAACCAGGCUGGCGGUUUGGUGCGCGACACGGUCGAAGUGUUCAUCCCUCGUCUGAUCAACGAGAUCCGCUCCAUCCCGUUCCCCAGGAUCGAGUACAUCUCGAGAGAGGCGGAUGUCGUCAUCGACGAUCUCUCGCUCACCGCCUCCACCGCAUCCUUCGUACCCGAUCGUGUCCGCAUCAUCAACCGAAACGAUCUGACCCUCGACCAGCGUCGCUCUUCGUUCGGCAGCAACUUUGACGCCUACCUCUACCUCGAGAUCGAAGGUCUUCGCGUCAAGGCUGCCGACGUAGCCUACUACAUCAACAAGAAGACCGGGUGGAUGGGAUGGGAGGACUACGGAUUCCUCGACCUCGAUCUCGGCGGCAAAGACGGAACGAGCUUCGUCGUCAAGCUCGAGAACGCUGACGACGACGAUGACGAGUCGUUCUACAAGGUCCGCGGUGUUCGCGUCGACAUGUCGAGCUUCAAGGUGAAAGUGCGACAGACCAAGCACUGGUUCCUCAACUUUUUCCUCAUGCCCUUCGUCCGACCCGUUCUCAAGCGCGUCUUCCAACAGCUUCUGGAGGAGAACAUCAAGAACUACCUUCAGAACCAAGACCGUUCCCUCUGGGCCGCUCAGCAGCGUGCCAAGGUCAUCAACAGCUACAGCAAGACCGCCAUCCAAAACGGCAGCGGUAUUUCUACCAAAGCCUACCUCAAGGCGAUCUUUGCCCCGGACACAGACGCAUUCGAGCCGUACGGCAGCAAGAGCAAGCACGCCAAGAGCCAAGUCGGUCUGGCCGAGGGAUGGAGGGUGGAAGGAGCCAACGACGAGUUCAAGCUGGCCAUCGGUGCGAGCUACUCGAAGCAGCUCCUGCCCGGUAAGGGAGGGCCGUUCAGGUAUGCCAAGGAGCAGAUGGAGAGAUACCAGUCGAUCGAGGAGUCGGUCAGACAGGGUGUCCAGCAGGUGCAGGAGGGCGCACAGGAGCUGAGGGAGGGCGCCAACGAGGCGGUCCAGCAGGUCAGACAGGGCGUCAAGGGUCUCGAGGGCGAAGCCAGGGGUAAGGGUGGAAAGGUCAAGCAGGAGGCGGAUAAGCUGACCGCCGAGGCCAAGAAGCAGGAGAGAAAGGAGAGGUACGACAGCGGUUGGAGGUCCGACGCUUUCGACGUGGAUCUUUGA